UCCUCUCCUCCAACGGCACUAUUUGCGCGUGACCACGUGUUUGUGUCGCUCCGCUCUGCCGCCAUCACGUCGCUGGACAGCUGGACCACCUUGGAAGACGCUGCUGCUCACGAAAUCGUUAUCGUUCAGUCGUUCAGUUACAGAGGCGAGUCGCCGACAGUUAACAAGACCCGCACCGUCCCGUACAUCCGACCGUAGACACCAUCGCUUCCAGACUUACUCACCCACCCAACAACAUGGCGACUGGACUGCGUCUGGGUAAGAAGGUCAUCGAGGGCAAGACCAAGGUCGUGUACGAGCUCGCGGACGAGCCCGGUCACGUGGUCUUGGUGUCCAAGGACCGCAUCACUGCCGGCGACGGUGCCCGCGCCCACGACCUUCAGGGCAAGGCGGCCAUCUCCAACGCCACCGCGUCGUCCAUCUUUGAGAUGCUCAACGCGGCUGGGAUCAAGACGCACUUUGUGCGCAAGCACGAUGACAAGUCCUUCGUGGCCCGUAACUGUGCCAUGGUGCCCAUCGAGUGGGUGUCCAGGAGGGUGGCCACCGGCUCCUUCCUCAAGAGGAACCCCGGGGUCAACGAAGGCUUCCGCUUCUGCCCGCCGAAGCUGGAGACUUUCUUCAAGGACGACGCCAACCACGACCCCCAAUGGUCCACGGAGCAGCUCGUGGACGCAAAGCUCAAGUGCGGCAAUACCGUCAUCGGUCCCGAGGAGGUGCAGGUGAUGCUGCGCACUAGCCGCACCGUGUUUGAGAUCCUCGAGAAGGCCUGGGCCUCCCUCAACUGCAGCCUCAUCGACAUGAAGGUGGAGUACGGAGUGGAUCUUCAGACAGGUGAGCUGCUGUUGGCAGACAUCAUUGACAGCGACUCGUGGCGCCUGUGGCCCUCUGGCGACAAGAGGCUCAUGGUGGACAAGCAGGUGUACCGCAACCUCAAGGAGGUCACCGACCAGGAUCUAGAGACCGUCAAGAAGAACUUUGCUUGGGUCGCAGAGCAGAUCCAGAAACUGAACCCCAAGCCCAAGUCUCAGGUGGCAGUUGUGAUGGGGUCUCCCUCGGACAAAGAGCACUGCGAGAAGAUCAAGAAGGCCUGCGAAAAGCUGGGAGUCCCCUGCGAGCUCAGGGUGGCCUCCGCACACAAGAACACCGACCAGUCGCUGGACCUGAUCGCCGAGUACGAAGGUGAAGGCAUUCCGACCGUGUUUGUCAGUGUGGCCGGUAGGAGCAACGGCUUGGGUCCCGUGACUUCGGGCAACUCUGCCUUCCCAGUCAUCAACUGCCCUCCGCUGUCUGGAGAGUGGGGACCUCACGACAUCUGGUCUUCGCUUCGCGUGCCUUCCGGGCUGGGCUGCACCACCGUGCUUUUCCCGGAGGCUGCUGCACUGGCUGCAGCCCAAAUCUUGGGCCUGAGCGACCAUGUCAUCUGGGCAAAGCUGCGGGCAUCCCAGCUGAACACUUGGGUGGCACUCAAGAUGGCCGACAAGAAAAUCAGGGCCGAGCAGAAGUCUUGAAGAACUCGCUUCUCACGUUGUCCGCAAGGCUGCUACCGGGUCGUUCCGAGCCAGCAGUCUGCGCUCUCUUCCUCUUUUCAUGAGCCCACGUGUAUUCUUACCCCGCUUUUUGUCGAGUCAUGGCAGGUGUAGUAUCCAACAUUUUCAAAUAAAACAGGAAUUUCUCUUU